AUGAGUGGAAUGGCAGGUGACUACUCAACCACAGAUGCGGAAGCCAACGAACGGUUCACUACCAAAACAAAUACCACAGACACAGUGACCGGCCGCGUCCGGGAAUCUGCUAGUCAUGCCCGCGAGAAACUUGCCGAGGAGUUCCAGCCAGGAGAUACAAAAGCCACCACCCGUCGUCUGUCGGAUACACCUGGUAAUGUGUGGGCAUUCGGACAAGAUCGUACAAGAGAAGAGCCGGAUUAUGGCUUGGAGAGGAAUAAGUCUAUGUUGCAGUCGGCGCAGGAGACGGUUGCUAAGGCUCUUGGGGGAGGAUCUCGUGCCAUGGGUUCCAGUUCUAAAAAGAAGAAGGAGAAGUCCAAGGACUUCCAGAAACCUAAACUCAGAGUUGGCAAAACCAAGGCGAAGCCCGACAACUACACCGAUACCAGUUUCAAAUCGAAGUCGAUUGUCCUGACACAACAAUCUCUCCACCUUGCCGCCCCAACUUCAAAUGCCACAUUCACACACAACCUAUCUCUCCUCAACGUCAAGUCCGACAGCCAACGACGCGACUCGCUUGCUUAUCUGACGACAACGAUAUCCUCUCGGCCAGUGAACUCGCCAUUACCGCAACCAGUGAGCAUCAUUUUGCCGUAUUUGUUACCUCUCAUCCUCGAUGGAGCCACCAACGUACGGACCCAGCUCCUCAAGCUCUUGCGGGCCCUGCCACAGGGCGAUGUGCAGGACCAUGUCGCACAGCUCCUUCCAUACGUUCGUGCAGGAAUGACCCAUCUUGCAGCGGACAUCCGCAGUUCCUCCGUGGAGAUCCUGUCAUGGAUGGUCGAGGCAGCAGGAGACGCAACAGUUUCCAGUGCGGGAGGAUGGAUCAAAACACUCAACUGCUUUUUGUCUGUGCUGGGCUGGCACACCGAAGAGUCCUCGCAAUGGUCCUCGUCCCGCGCUUCCUUCGGCAAGGCUGGUAGCCAGGGUAAGCCCAUGGUGAAGACGCUGGGAGUCCUGGCGGAGUUUUUGGAUGCGGGAAUUGGAAAACCCUCUAGUGGGGGCGACGGCGAGAUGUCUGUUGAUGAAGAUGAGAGCUCUGACUGGCCUUUCCCUCUUUGCCAGACUGCUCAGCACAUGGUCUCAGAGUCAUCUACUCCGUUCGCGUAUUUGAAUCUUUCUGCAAAGCCGCGCGACGAAGAAGGAGAGAUGUACGAAACUCGCGAAGAUCGGUAUCGCGUGUUUGCGGAUCGGUUCCAAAAGGCCAUGGAGCGUGGUCUGAAGGGCGCCAGAGAAGAAGGUGGCGAGCUGGGUCGUGCAUCAUCCAGCGUGACCAAGGUGUUGAAAGAAGCAAUUGCUUAUGGACCGGGGCCCUGA